UUUCCCUGUUUCUCUUAGGCAUUUCCUUCGUUAUUCAACUGUUUCUUUUAUAUCUGUGCAUUGCUUUGACACUUGUUUCCUUGUGCAGUGUCUUCUCGGACGGAGGCCCUAAAGCGGAAGACGGCGAAGGCCAUGGCGGCCAAGAAGGAGGCCGAAGCAAAGGCCAGGGGCGAAACAACAGUUGGUGCCAUAGUCCAGGCGGAUAUGGCUAGGGAGAAGACUCCGGAGGUUGGUCGGGCGGAUGGGACGACCGAGAAAUCCUCCGAGGUCGUGAAAGUUCCGGCCCCCGAGGCUUCUAGGAAGAGGAAUAGGCCGGACGGCUCGUCUGAAGUCCGGCCGUAUGUUCCGGAGUGGUCGGUUCUGGCGACCGAUUCAAUUGCCAUCAUGGCCCCGGAUCGGAUCAAGGAUGUUGCAGGCGAUCUGUGCCGAUCACAAGUCCUUCCGGCCGACCGAGGGACUUAUGAUUCAGCUACUGCUCUCCAGGCAUGCGAGCAGCUGAUGUGCUUCCUCUCCUUGGCUUCUCCUUGGGCAGCGGCGGUGACCGACAAGGUCCAGGAUAUGCAAAAGCAGAUGGCCGGGGUCAACGCCCUCACUAUCAGGGCCAAUCUUGCUGAGGAUACCCUGGCGGCCCUGAAGACGGAACUGAACGCCGCCCACCAGGACCUGAAGGAUCUUCGGGAGUCCGAAGGCCGUCUGAAGGGACAGGUCGACACCCUGACCAGGAGGGUUCAGCGCCGCAACUUGGCGUUGAAAGCUGCCCGCAAGAAGGAGAAGAAGGCAAAAAAGCUCCUGGAGAAGACCGAAGAUCGGUUUCUGGACAUAGGCUACGAUGAGGCCGUUCGCCGGGCCCACAAGGAAGGGCUGGAUCAUAAGCUCCUUCUUGACGAGGGGGCUUCGGAUCCAGUCGGCCGUGAGGACCCGGACGACCCAAUCGCAGUCUCCUCUGAUCCAGAUUCCGAUUAUUCGGAGUAG